UUGGACUCGGCGGCAACGGCGAUUGAUGGAGAGAGCAACACAGGUGCAGGCGGCGAUGGAGAUUGACGAAGUCACGGAGAGAAGAACCCAGUGAUGGCGACAACGAAUGUUAGAGGAGGAAAAGAAAGCUUCGAGACUCGAGAGAUUGAAAACUGAGAGGAAUAGAGAGGCAGGGCGGUCGCGUCGACGGUAGUCCCUCC